CAACAUCUCAACAACGACAAGCAACUACAACAUCUCAACAGCAACCAACAACAACAAAUCAAACAUCCCCACCACCAUGCUCUUCAAGCCCCUCCCCCUCCUCCCCCUCCUCCUCGCCCUCGCCGCCGCCGCUCCGUCCCCCGCCACCGCGGGUCGCGAAUGCCAGCCCGGCCAGUACCGCUGCGACUACAUCUCCUCGAACAUCGAGGUGUGCGACGUGCACGGCUGGCACACGGCGGCGAGCUGCAAGGGCCAGACGUGCCGGUACAACGGGGGCAGUGAGGCGCCGUACUGCCACGAUCAGUGAGUGAGGGAGAUGCGAAUGGCGUUGCGCCGGGCGGUGGGGUUGAGAAAGGUGAGUUGGCUGGCUUGUUGGGUUGGAUUGGAGGGAUGGUGUGGUGUGGUGUGGUGUGGUUACUGACUUGGCUUAGGUGUAGGACUGGCAUGGGCUACUACUGGUGUGAUUAGCGGUAUGGGGCCUUUUUUUUUCAUGGUUGUC